CGAACAUAUUCGUCAAAUUUUAUGUAUAUAUCGAGAAAUGGGUUAUCUUAGGGGUCACAUGGUAGCCAUCAAGUACGUAACAUUUCCGGCCAAGUCCGAUAAGUCUUGCGUUCAUGCGUUCAUGCGAUGCGGAGUUUCGCGAAUAGAUUGGAGACCCGAUUUCUGAAUUCUUAUGCCGUUGGAUGUGUACUUGAAUCUCGGAUCGCCCGAUAAUCUAGAUUGACAAGGCAUCGUUUCCAGAAUGGCGCAAACUUAUCUCAUGUGGGUUGCUGGGAACGAAGAGGUUGGCGAAGGGGAACUAUUACCAGUGGAAGACCCCGCCACUGGAGAGACCUUUGCGUUUUGUCAUACGGCAUCCGCGUCAGAUGUUGAACGCACUAUUGCUCGUGCUGAGGCGGCCUUUCAGUCAGGCGUUUGGUCUAGAUCCUCGCGUCACUACCGCGCUGACAUCCUAGACAAAUCUGCGGCGCUCCUCACAGCGUCGUUACCAAGCCUCAUCGCGCUCGAGGUGCGACAGACUGGCCGCGCGAUUCGCGAGAUGAACGCCCAAGUUCCUUCACUGGUGCGCUGGUUUAAGUACUAUGCUUCGCUUCUGCGUGUAGAGGAACAGCCUGUCUUACCAACAACGGGGAAGCUGCACAAUUUCCUCCAACGUGUGCCGCUUGGUGUCGUUGUUCAGAUCACUCCUUUUAACCAUCCAUUGCUUAUUGCCGUAAAGAAGCUCGCACCCGCACUUGCCGCUGGAAAUAGCAUUAUCCUAAAGCCGAGCGAGUUAACGCCAUUAUCGGCACUACUACUUGGUCGGAUCUUGAAAGAAGCGGGUGUCCCCGAUGGCGUUUUUAACGUUUUGCCCGGAUACGGUGCCACGACCGGAAAGGCGCUCGUACAGCAUCCCCUAGUAAAAAAAGUAGACGUUACAGGGGGAACAAUAGCAGGGAGGGCAAUCGGUGGAAUCGUAGGCGGAAAUCUAGCGAGAUAUACCGCAGAACUUGGGGGCAAGGCGCCGUUGAUUGUAUUUGAUACGGCAGAUGUUCAGGUUGCUGUUAAUGGGAUUGCAUUUGGUAGUUUUAUUGCCAGCGGUCAAACUUGCAUUGCGAGUACGAGGAUUAUCGUGGACAAUAAAAUUUUGCCGCAGCUGCUAGAGAAGCUAAAGCUCAAGACGAAUUCAAUCCUGCAACGAAUGGGUGCCCCUGACAACCUGGAGUCUACUAUGGGUCCUUUGAUCUCGGCAAAACAACUCAACCGCGUCGAGAUGUUAGUUGACGACGCCGUGAAUAGUGGCAAGGCAAAGGCAGUAGCAGGAGGAAGUAGGAUGCAUGGUUUUAGCCCCCUAGACGGGACCGACUUCUCUAAGGGUUACUUCUAUGAGCCUACGAUUCUUGUUUCGGGCGAGGAGGAUAGCAUCCUCGGGACACGCAUUUGGCGCGAGGAGGCUUUUGGUCCUGUAAUCGUGGUCGUGGGCUUUGAUACGGAAAGUCAGGCCGUUAAACUGGCUAAUGACAGCGAAUUCGGCCUCGGAGCCGGAAUCUGGACCUCAGACCUAGCGCAGGCUUUCCGAGUUUCAGAGCAACUCAACGCCGGUAUCACCUGGGUAAACACACAUCAUCGAAAUGAUCCAAGUAGUCCGUGGGGUGGUGCUAAGCCAUCGAGUGGUGUUGGAAGCGAAAACGGUAUAGAUGCUUAUAAUGCAUACACAGCUAUAAAGAGUACGAUUAUCAACUACGCUUCAACCGAGGAGUCACUCGUUACAGACGAUUGGUUCAGCGACGGGACAGGGCCUAUAAGAUAUGGCUGAAUCUCGCAAUAGACUAGGUACAUAUGCUAGGUGAUGUUCGCUAUGACACGAAUAUCCUUCACGCAAUGAAGUUUCUUAACCACUCAUACCCUUUACUACUGUUGAGUUUCAAUAUAGUA